AUGCCGCUAUAUCUGAUGCCUUUUGUAUUAGUGCUGGUAAAAUGCGAGUUUAUUAACGGAAUGCUUGGGUCUUGGCGCAGUCCCCAAGACGUAAAAAGGGUGAAGAAAUUCGUGGAUGAGUACUUGGACCCGAACUUGGUGGAUGCUGCCAAGAGGAUCUCUCGCUAUGCCGUCUACGAGGCCAAUGCCACUGAGAUCCCGGACAUGAGGGCCUUAAAAAAUGUUGGACUCACCGAUUUCUUCUUCGGGUUCUCACCCGAGGUUCAGAGAAUCUUCGACUUUUUUCAUGAGGCAUUAAAUGUGUCAGAGGAUGAAACUAGUCCCAUUUUUGCCCUCUUGAAAUCUGGGAAGAGAUUUGCCUCAGCAUAUUCCAACUCAGGUCUCCCUUCCUUUUCCCAUGCAAUCAGAUGGGCAUUAGAAACUGAGGAGCUGCCAGACAACAGUGACUUGCCACCUGAAGCAGUGGCCUCCUUCAAGAAACUUCAUUUUUUUGUUUGUGGCUCCAACAGCUCUGAUGUUUUUGAGUCUCGAAUGAGAAAGAUGAAAAAGAAGCUGGAUGAGCGAAUGUCGGACAUCCUGGAGAAGUUCCGCACAGAACCUCAAAAAAGGAAUCGGACAAGAAGGCUGGAAGACGGGAACACAUGCAUAGCAGAUGAAAUAUUGGAAGGAGGACAAGGGAACUUCUUCCGUUUCAUCUGGUCUCAGAUUCAACCCAUUGUCCAGGGGAAGAUCCUGUAUUAUCCAGAGAAUGAGUGGACUCGUCGCAUCAUGGAGCGGGUGCAGGCCAGUUGGGCCCCGAUUUCACAUCUCAUGCGUAUCCUUGCCAUUGCUCAUGAUGAUCUGCUUCCCAUCAUUUAUGACAUGCUUCAUGAUGAGCAGCUUCUGGCGUUCCUCAUGCGGGACACAUUCCAGGAAAGUGUGUUCGAGAUGUUGGGAUUAGCUGGUGAAAGGGACCAUUUCAAAAAAAUGUUUCUCUACUUUGAAGAAGCCAACAAAACAGCUAUGUAUCAUAAUAUUGAGCAUGCAAUUGUUGAUGCUCUAUACUUACUACAGUGCUUUGAAAUGAAGAAAAUUGAGCCAAUGCAAAGUGAAGAGGAGCUGGAAGAAAAGUCCUUGGUGCUUAUCACUGACCAGCUACUCUGGGGUGGAAUUGUGUUUAUUGAUGGUAACCAGACCGAAAUGCCUCCCCAUGUCCGCUUCAAGAUCAGAAUGGAUAGCAGUAAAGUGGACAAUAGCCGAGAAGUGACAGACCGCAUCUAUGAACCAGGACCUCGAGCACGACCUAACAUUGACUUGAAGUAUGUCACAUAUGGUUUUGCUUUCUUGCAAGACCUUGUUGAGCGAGCCAUCAUUGCUCAGCACUCUGGUGUUGAAAACCCUCCUGGGAUCCUUCUACAGCAGUUUCCCUAUCCCUGCUUCACCAGAGAUCGGUUUGUGCUCGCCAUCUCUCGAACAUUCCCGACAUUCAUGGUUUUGGCCUGGGUCUACACUGCUGCCAUGAUAAUUCGAUCAGUUGUGUACGAGAAGGAGCAACGAUUGAAGGAGACUAUGCAGGUGAUGGGCCUCAGCCGGGAGGUCCAUUGGGUUGCAUGGUUCCUCACUUCCUUUGUCUUGCUUGCCUUGUCUGCCCUUCUUCUCUCACUUGUUCUUGUUUAUGGGAACGUGACCGAGAAUUCAGAUCCCCUGGUGAUCUUUGUUUUCAUCCUUUGUUAUGGAGUGGCAACCAUCUGCCUCAGCUUUCUCAUCUCUUGCCUCUUUGGUCGAGCCAACACUGCUGCUGCUGCUGGUGGAAUGAUUUUCUUUUGUCUCUUCCUUGGCUAUCCAUUCCUUGUCAUUUGGAAUGAAACUCUUGAAGAAUAUCAGAAGCUGCUGCCUUGCCUUAUAUCCAAUGUGGCAUUUGGAUUUGGCUGUGGUCACUUGGCCAACUGGGAGCAGGCAGGUAUUGGAGUCCAUUGGAAUAACAUAUUUACCCCAUCAUCAACUGGAGAUGACACUAGCCUGGGAAUCAUCAUGUUCCUGCUUCUUCUGGAUGGCAUUAUCUAUAUAUUGCUUGCCUGGUAUCUGGAGGGUGUGUUUCCUGGUGAGUGCAUGCUCAUGUUGGCAUCUUUCUGCCUUUUGGGAAACUAUGGUGUGCCCUUGCCAUGCUGCUAUCCAUUCAUGCCUUCCUACUGGAGGCAAACAUCAAAGGAGCCAUCAGAAGUGGAAAGACUUGUGGCUGGUGAGGAAGUCUUAUGUGAACCAGAUCCAAAAACUUUGAAAUGUGGAGUUGUUGUGCAAAACCUGAGGAAGGUGUAUGAGGAUGGGAAGUUGGCUGUAGACAACCUCAACCUCUCAUUCUAUGAGGGACAAAUCACAGCUUUUCUUGGUCACAAUGGUGCUGGUAAAACCACUACAAUUUCUAUCAUGACUGGUCUGAUCCAACCAACGUCUGGAACGGCCACCAUCUAUGGACGUGACAUUUGCACCGACAUGAAAAACAUCAGACAUUCCAUGGGUGUUUGUCCUCAGCACAACGUUCUCUUUGACCUGUUAGCAUCUUCUGUUCUAGUUCAAGUCUUCAUUUCCUUUAGUUUUCCAUAUCUAAUUCUCAGUUGCCCUUCUAGGCUGACAGUCUGGGAGCAUCUCAUGUUCUAUGGAUGCCUGAAAGGGAAUGCAUGGCCUGAGGUGGAGAAGUUGGCCGAGAAGAUGCUCCAUGAUCUGGGGAUUCCAGAAAAACGGGAUGCUCUUUCCACUGAUUUAUCUGGUGGGAUGCAGCGGAAGCUUUCAGUUGCCAUAGCUUUCCUUUCUGAAAACAGGACUGUCUUCUUGGAUGAGCCAACAUCAGGUGUGGAUCCUUUUUCACGGAGGGCCAUAUGGGAGCUCCUUUGCCGUUACAAGAAAGGUGACACCAUCUUCAGCAUCACCAAGAACAAGUCACUUCUCAUAAGAAUCUACUCACUUUAUCUUCCUUCGAUCCAAAUAGGUCGUACUGUGAUCCUGACAACUCAUCACAUGGAUGAAGCUGAGAUCCUUGGUGAUCGGAUAGCCAUCCUAUCCCAAGGCAAGCUCAAAUGCAUUGGUUCUCCAUUAUUCCUCAAAACUGCCCUUGGGUCAGGAUACACUCUUCGUUUGGUCAGGAAACAACAAAGCAUGGAAGACUCAGCAGAGGGCAGGUUCCUCAAUGCUGCUGCUGCUGAAAUUGCUGAUGAGCAGUUGACUGAGUUCUUGAGAAAGAACUACCCAGAUGCACAACUUGUGGAAAAAGUUGGACUUGAAAUUAUAUAUCUCCUACCUUGGAACAAAAAUCGAAUCCUGCAACAACAGGAAAGCCUGAGAGGCUCAGUGAGGAACCCAAAAAUGGAGCGAGAAGACAUGAAACGACUCUAUUCCCUCCUGCUGGCAUUAGAUGAGAACUUGAAUGAAUUGGGCAUUUCAAACUAUGGUAUCUCAGAUACCAAGCUUGAGGAGGUGUUCCUCAAGAUUACUCGGCAGGAUGAAGAGGAAGAGGAUGUGACAGAACAACAUAAUGGCUGCAUGCAGGUUAAUGGGUGUUUGAGUUUCUUAUCACCUCAAGAUACUCAAGCUAACACUUCAUUGGCAAGGCCCAAAGCAUCCAUAGCACAGGCUGAUGGAAGGCUGGAUUCAUCACAUGAUCAAGAGCCACCCACUCCCAUGAGCUUUCAGAGUGCCUUCUCAGAAACCCCAUUUGAAACCCCACCAUCUGGAAGCCCUGAGUCCCAUCAAGUAGCCAAUCAUGUCACUCCAGGAGCAUUUGAGGGCAAUGGAUCUGGAAUACAGCCCUCUUUCUCAUCUUUGCCAGAGGUGCGCAUCAUGUCAGGGCUUGGGAAGUCUUCCAAUUCUGCAUGCUUUGAAUUUUGUCUGGAUUAUUUGAAAAUCACAGUUUCCCAGAUGAAGUCAGGGGCUGAGCUGAGACGGGCACAAUUUCUGGCUAUUGUUGAAAAGAGGUUUCACCAUUCCAGAAGGGAUUUCAAGACCCUAUUCUGUCAGCUUGUUUUACCAGUGCUGUUCAUCACAUUGGCAUUGAUCUUCACACUUCUCCUCCCACCCUUGGGGAUUUUGCCAGCCCUGGAAAUUCAUCAUUGGUAUUAUCAGGAGCCAAAUUACGUCUUCUUUGCAGAGGGGGAGAAUUCUCUCUUGAAGAACCCUAUAGUUGAUGAAAUGGUCUCCCGUGUUGGGAUUGGAGCCAGGGACUAUCAGUGCGAGAGCAGAGCAGAUCUGGAUUCAAGCAUUUUGUCUAAGCCCCUCCCACCUGUCUAUGAGGAUGUCAACUGUUCAUGUGCGAUAGGUAGCCUGAUGUGUCCAGAAGAAGCAGGUCUUCCCUCUCCCCCGGAACUCCACCUUCACACCUCUGACUUUCUUCUGAAUCUCACUGGAAGAGAUGUAUCUCAGUAUCUACUCUGGACACAUGAGCGAUACCGAAAAUUCAUGUAUGGGGGCUUCUCAUUUGAUGAGCCAGCAUCUCACCACCUGGAAGAGCCUUCCCAGCUCCCUGUAUUUAUAGAGGACCUGCACAAGAAUUACAGCCUUCUGAAUGCAUCCACAGCAAAAUCUGCCUUUGAGGUUGCAUGCUUGAUUGAGGGACUCUUGAUGGGUAUCACACCUGGGGUUGACACCUCUCAAUUCAGUUGUGAUACUUCCAGAGUUACUUCUCUUCCUUCUGAGUACAUAAAGGUCUGGUUCUACAACCAGGGAUACCUGUCCCCAAUUGCAUUCAUGAAUGCUAUCAACAAUGUUGUCCUUCGUACACUGGUAGCGAAAUCCAGAUCCUUGAACUCUUCAGCAGCAGAGAACUUUGGUAUCUCUGUUUACAGUCACCCUAUUCUCACUGAGAGCUUCCAAGAGUUGGAAAUGAUAAAACGUUCAGGGCGAAAUCUUCUCCAUGCCAUUGUGGUCAUCUUUGCCCUGAGUUUUAUCCCUGCUGCAUUUGUGGUGAUCUUGAUUGAGGAACGGAUAUCAGGAUCCAAACACCUCCAAUUUGUAGCUGGCCUUCCUGCCUGGCUCUACUGGGCUGCUGCCCUCAUUGGUGACCUUCUUUCAUAUGCUUUCUCAGCUCUACUUUGUGUCGUUGUGUUUCUCAUCUUUGAUGAAGAUGCCUACGUGAGUGAGACAAAUCUUCCGGGUCUUGUAGCUCUUUUCUUGCUCUAUGGCUGGGCUUCCAUUCCUCUAAUGUACCCAGCAUCAUUCUACUUCCGCACACCUAGUGCUGCCUUUGUAGCACUUGCUUGCUCGAACUUAUUCAUCGGGAUCAUCACCACCAUUUCCACCUUAGUCUUGGAAGUUCUGGAGGAGUUGGUGAGUCCAAAAACAUUUGCUAUUCCAUCAACAUGUGAACGAGUCUUCGAGUGGAAAUGCAUGGGACAGAACUUGACCUUCCUGGGCUGGCAUGGUUUUCUCGGGAUCCUUUUGGUACUCCUGAUAGAGUACCGCAGCAGAGUCUUUUCUUGGUGCUAUUCCUGUUGUACACAUUGCAAUGAGAAAGAAGACAUAUUCCUGUCAGAAUUAGACAUCCCAGAAGAUGAGGAUGUUGCUGAGGAAAGGAAGAGAGUCCAUGCUAGCAAUGAUGAUGAAGUCCUUCGCAUUGUUGACCUUAUCAAGGUCUACCAUAGAACCAAGAAACCUGCCGUGUACAAAAUUUGUUUGGGAGCAAUCAAAGGCCAAUGCUUUGGUCUCUUGGGUGUCAAUGGGGCAGGCAAGACCACAACAUUCAAGAUGCUGACAGGUGACAUCAGUGUGACGGCUGGGGAGGCCUUUGUUGAUGGAUUCAGUAUCACCAAGGACUUGAGCUCUGUCCAGCAGCGCAUUGGCUACUGUCCUCAGUUUGAUGCCUUAGACCCAUUGCUCACUGCUCGAGAGCAUCUUAGACUCUAUGCCAACUUAAGAGGCUUUCCUUCUGACGAAAUCCAUGAGCUGACUGAAGGGUUGAUACAUAGAAUGAACCUGUGGAUGCAUGCCUCUCGUUGUGCUGGAAAGUACAGUGGAGGCAACAAGAGAAAACUCUCAACUGCCAUCGCCCUUGUUGGGAAUCCCCCUGUCGUCUUCCUGGAUGAGCCCACAACUGGGAUGGAUCCAGGGGCAAGGCGGUUCCUCUGGAACUGUGUUCAGGGAAUGAUCAAGGAGGGGAGAUGUGUGAUCCUCACAUCUCACUCCAUGGAGGAAUGUGAAGCUCUAUGUGCCCGACUAGCCAUCAUGGUCCAGGGCCAGUUUCGAUGCCUUGGAUCCACUCAGCAUCUCAAGCACAAAUUUGGGUCUGGAUACACCAUUAGUCUGCAUGCAGAUCAGGAGCACAUCUCACAGGUGGAGCAGUACAUCAGUGAGAAUUUGUUGGGGGUGACUCUGCAUGAGAAGAAUCCAUCCCGUCUUGUGUAUCAUCUCCCCCUUCCUCCAGAAGGUCCUCCACUUGCCAAAGUCUUCCGCUGCCUUGAAGACUCCCGCCUCAAGGCUGGUGUCACAGAUUAUUCUGUUUCACAGACCACUCUUGAUGAGGUGUUUGUAAGAUUUGCUUCUGACCCAAGAUUUAGCUCUGAGGAGAAGCAGUCUGAGUGGAAACUCUUCAAAAAGAGUCUUGCUAUUAAUGGACUAAAACACAAGCAGAAAGGAAAACUGAAGACAGAUGACUUGCAGAACCUUGAGACUCUGGAUGAAUCAAAAGUAUGAUGAUCGAGUGAUGCUUAUAUGUACCAUAAGUACACUUAUUGUUAUAUUUCUUCCUUCAGUCUUGUCAGGCCUUGGUUCAUUUUUUCUUACUUUCUGUGGUGUAUGCCAAAAAAGUUUGCAGAAAAGGCUAGUAUGUGAUAUGGGCCUCUAGCUCAAAGGCAGGGUAAAAGAGAAUUUUAUAUGCCAGCUAACAGCAUAGUGUCCCAGUGAUCAUCUCGUGAUCAACAUACACACUUCUGUGUGAUCUAGACUUUUUUUUCCCAUGGUAGAUCAUGAUUUGAGUACCUAAUCUAUUAUUUAUAUGGAAUUUUCCACUGGAAAUGUCACCAGACCACAUCCGUGAUUGUCCUGAGUAUUGUUGGUCAUUUAUGAUGAGUUUCACUUGAGGGAGGUCUGCAUACAGAAUCUGUUUACAUGUUUGCUCUCUCCUGUUAUCUCUGUGAUGGAUCAUUGGAGUAAGAAUUUGAACAAAGGGUAAUAUUCCCUCAUAUUUAUAGGCCAAAAUAAAUCAUUUGUUAUUUCUGCUUUGUUCUUAUUCCUAUGUUAUGGUGAUUUUAAUUUUAUCAUGGAUUUUAUGAGAUGCAUUGCUUUUCACCCCUGUUUGAAUGUCCAUUCUGUCAUAAGUCCUUGAUCAUCAUUAGUUUUGUGAUUCGGGUUUGCUGUUUUUUGGCCUAUGCUCUGAAUACAUAGGUUUGCAUGAUCAUGCACCAUGGUGAGCCUGCAGAAUGAACACCAUUGCUCAUUGGACGUGUGCCACAAAGAAUUUCUCAAGGAGUGCUGGUUCAACUGAACUUAGUGCUGUCUUGGGUGUUUGAUUUUUGAAUUAUGAAAAUAUCCUUCCUGCUCAGAUGAUCUCUCCUGCCACCCUUUUGAUGCUUAAGUCUCUUCUUGUGGAUCUCACUCUGUUUAUAUUUGCACUUUAUUUCUUGUGGCUGCCAUGGCAGUAGGCUACCAUGAAUGUUUUGAAGCUUCUUGAGAACAGACAAAUGUUGAUUUAAAAACAGCAGUCCGGUUACAGUUCAGUCACAUGUCAGUUCCAGUUUUAGUUUAUUUGCAGUUCAAGUUGGAAUUUCUUUUUGAUAGAAGUCUGCAAAUACACAGUGGAACUUCAGUUUAACCAAGUCCAAUCAAACAAAAAUCUAAACUGAAACUGCAACCAAACUGUGGUUUUAAAAUCAGCCAAAGUGAAGGAUUCAAAUUCGGAGUCAAAGUUUGAAUAUUCUAAAAGAGGGAGUGAAGUGCAUACUACUGAGUGUACUACUGAGGCUGUUGGAUUGGCUGAAUGAAGUAGCCAUGAUCAGUGUAGGCAUUGCAUACAUGCAUGAGGUGCAUUCAAAAAGUUCUAGAUUUUUUUAAUGGGAGAGAGAGAUAUUCUUUGUGCUUUGGUACAGCUUCAUGUUUUUGCUGCCUAUUCUUUAUUUUCAUGUUCAUUUGGUGGUAUUUCUUAUACAAAAUAAUGUUGAUUUUUCUGUUCCAUAUAAAAGUGAAAAUGGCUAAACACUGGGCUGUAAUCUGUUUCAUGUCUUUAAAGGAGGAGAAAAAACAGUAGGUAUUCACAAUGAAAUGGUAUAUGCACACCAUUGUGAAUUAUUAAUACAAUUUCUUAGUAAAUUAUUAUUUAUAUAAUAUUAAUAUAUACAACAAGUGAAUCAAUCCUGUGCUUAUGUGCCCCCCAAUGCCUAUUUGCAGACUUCUUUGGGCAAAUAUUUUCCAGUAAGGCUGCAUUGAUUUUCCCAGUAUGGUAAACUCACCCUUAAUUUAAAGUUGCUGCUACUUUCCAAAAGUAGCAGCAACUAAAAUGUAAUUUGAUUGGUGACAAGUAUGAAGACUAUUCCUAAAUAUGAGCCAAUGUUGAACAGUGUUGAAUGGCAUUUCUAGUUUUCCACUUUGAAAAAAUUAGCUAGCAGAUCUUAUGUAUGCAUCAUACAGAUGAUUUAUUAUAUAGCUGACUUACUAUGAACAUAGUAAAUCUAUGAGCCUUUUUUUGGCCUUUCUACUGCAGUAUUGUCCAUCAUGAAGAGGCCAUAGUUCCCACUCUUUAAAGAGUCAUGUAGUGUGAUUCCCUUUGAUGACGAUCUGAUUUCUCUUAGUUCCGAUCUUCUGAGCCCAGCUGCUCCAUUUUUAAUUUGGCUGGUAGACAGGGAUACCCCUGUCUGCCAGAAAAAUCAAGAUGUGUGAAAAAGAGCUCAGCAUGCAUAUAUGAAGUGAUAAACUCCAUCGAUUGAUUCGAUGCUUUGCAGUAGUGUUUUUAGAUGUCCAACAUUUGGAUUUAUCCUUUUGCACUCUGCACCCACCCAUUCACAAUUUGAGUGAAUUCACAAUGGAUGAUACCUUAGUUAAAUUACGAGCACCUGUGAUUCCAGCGCUCCCCAGCCUAUAUCUUGAUGUGAUGAACUCUUCUCCCUCCCUGCAUUAUUCAUACAUAUACUGGAAGCUCUCUUGCUUAUCCCAGUUAGCUUUAGAAGUUGGAUCAAAGUGGUUUGGUCAAGGGAUAUGUGAGUACCAUGUGAUAAGUUAUUUAUUACCCUUUGUGGUACGCGAAUUCACCAAUUCAUACCUGAAUAUUUCUAUCACGAGUUCCCCCCCCCCCCCUCCCCCAAAAAAAUAUAUACCGAC